AUGAUGAGGAGCGAGUCGUGGUUUGACUGUAAUAUUUCACGCCUCCAGGCUGGAGCACCGGAUGAGGACGAGUACCCCCCCCUGCCGGCCUACCAGAGCGACUCUCAGCCGGAGAGGAAGGAGGUGUUCAUCGUGCAGGUGAAGGGGCUCCCCUGGUCGUGCUCGGCUCAGGACCUCAUGCACUUCUUCUCCGAGUGCAGGAUCCGGGACGGGCUGAAGGGGAUCCACCUCCCCGUGAACAGACUGGGGAGGUCGUCUGGUCGAGCCUUCAUCGAGCUGGAGCACGAAGAGGACGUGAACAAAGCUCUGGAGAAGCACCGACAGUACCUCGGCCCGCGAUACAUCGAAGUGUACGAAGUGACGAACAGCGACGCUGAAACCAUCCUGAGGAAAGCCGUCCAGGCUCCAGCUGCAGACUCGGUGGUGCGGAUCCGGGGCCUCCCCUUCUCCUGCUCCGAGGCCGACAUCGUCAAGUUCUUCUCAGGUUUGGAUAUUGCGGAGAACGGGAUCAUGGUCGUCCCAGACCACAAAGGAAGGAAUUCUGGCGAGGCCUUUGUGCGGUUUACCUCUCAGGAAGCAGCAAGUGGCGCUCUGCAGAGAGACAGACACCUCAUAGGGAGCAGAUACAUCGAGGUGUUCCCCAGCACGAGUGAGGAGAUCAACUCGAGGAGGAGGAAGACGAUGGGCUCCACACAGACCAACCACAGAAUAGGUUCACAGCUGAGCUCCACGGUGCCGCUUCACUUCAUCCACAUGCGAGGUCUUCCUUUCCAGGCGUCCGGAGAAGACAUCGUGAAGUUCUUUUUUCCUCUCGCCGUCUCAAAGAUCCUGAUCGAAUGCGGCGCUGACGGCAGGACGAGCGGCGAGGCGGACGUUUACUUCACCUGCCACCAGGACGCCGCCGCCGCCAUGUCCAAAGACAGACAGUACAUAGGAGAAAGAUACGUCGAGUUGUUCCUGAAUUCUGUAUCUGAUUCCAACGAGAGGUGAACGAUAACGACCCCUAACGCCAUCUUCAUUUGCCGACACACCGGAUUGUUGUUAUUAAUUUUCCAGCCUGAUCUGAGCACUAAACAAUAAAACGUACCUGGUGUCAAAGAAUCAAA